AUGCCCUCCAAAAAAUCCUCCUGGAUCGCCCUCGGCUGCGAAGGCUCCGCUAACAAGCUCGGCAUCGGCCUCAUCCGCCACACCCCAACCUCCGCCACCAUCCUCUCCAACCUGCGACACACAUUCAUCUCCCCGCCCGGCACGGGCUUCCUCCCCAAAGACACGGCCCUGCACCACCGCACCGAGUUCGUCGCCCUCGCCCGCCGCGCCAUCGCCGAGGCUGGCAUCUCCCCCGCCGACGUCGACUGCAUCUGCUUCACCCAAGGGCCCGGCAUGGGCGCCCCUCUCACCAGCGUAGCUAUCGGCGCGCGAACCCUGGCUCUACUCUGGGAUAGACCUCUUGUGGGCGUCAACCACUGUGUCGGCCACAUCGAAAUGGGCCGCGAGGUCACCGGCGCCGACAACCCCGUCGUGCUGUACGUCAGCGGCGGCAACUCCCAGGUGAUUGCCUACGCCGAGAAGCGCUACCGCAUCUUUGGCGAGACGCUCGACAUCGCCGUCGGCAACUGCCUCGACCGCUUCGCCCGCGUGCUCAACAUCAGCAACGACCCCGCGCCGGGCUACAACAUCGAGCAGCUGGCCAAGAAGGGCAAGCAGCUGCUCGAGCUGCCCUACAUCGUCAAGGGCAUGGACUGCUCCUUUUCCGGCAUCCUCACCAGCGCAGAGGCCCUGGCCGCGCAGCUGCUGGAGCGCGGGCCCGACGGCGCGGGCUUCACCGUCGAGGAUCUCUGCUUCUCCCUGCAGGAGACAAUCUUUGCCAUGCUGGUGGAGAUUACGGAGCGGGCCAUGGCACACGUGGGCAGUAGCCAGGUCCUUAUUGUCGGCGGCGUGGGCUGCAACGAGCGAUUGCAGGACAUGAUUGCGAGCAUGGCUCAGGAGCGAGGCGGCAGUGUCUUUGCCAUGGAUGAGAGGUUCUGUAUCGACAAUGGCAUCAUGAUUGCGCAUGCUGGCUUAUUGGCCUAUAGAACGGGGUUCCGGACGCCGCUUGACGAGAGCGUGUGUACGCAGAGGUUUAGAACAGAUGAUGUAUAUGUCGAAUGGAGGGAUUAA